AUGGUGUUAGACGAGUCUGCGCAAAAGGUGCUAUCAGAGCUUCGAAGGUCGCGAGGUGUAGUGAAGGCGUCGCUCACGCGCGUGCGGAAAUUCGUGGAUAAUUUUAAUCCAUUAGAGCAAGCUCUGUCACUGUUAGAGUUUCGUCAGGAGGAGCUUCCUCGUAUUUGUAAAAAAUUCGAAGAUAUCCAGGCUCAAUUAGAGCUUAUCACAGAGGAUGCAGAGAAGGAGGAAGAAGAGCGUGAUUGUUUUGAGAGUGAAUACUUUGACCUUCGCUCGAGGAUCCAGGAAAUUAUCAAUGCAGCAAGACCACAGAGCUCGACGGCGCUAAAUGCUUCUUUCAGAACUAUUGGAGGUAAUAGACCAAAUUUGGCGCCCAUAGCAUUGCCGAUUUUUAAUGGUGAUAUAAAAGAUUGGGAGUCAUUUUAUGAUAUAUAUCGUGUUAUGGUGCACGAUGAGGAUAUAUACUCACCAGCGCAGAAAUUUAUGUAUUUGCGUUCGUGUUUGAAGGGACCAGCAUCUGAAUUGGUGCAAUCAAUUCCUAUAAGCGAUAACAAUUAUAAGGUCGUCAUAGAACGAUUAAAACAAAGGUAUGAUAACCGGAGUUUGGUUAUACAGGCACACAUAAGGGAAUUAUUAAACAGUCCAACGAUAGAAGUGCCAUCAGCCAAAGCCCUUCAAGCACUUCAUGCUCAUGUGUGUACCCACGUUGCUGCACUCAAGGCGUUGCAUCAACCCGUUGAACAAUGGGAUGCAUGGUUGGUGACCAUCAUUACCUCAUGUAUGGAUGGUGCGACUGCACAUGAUUGGGAAUUACGACGAAUCAAUAAUGACUUACCAAAAUUCGAAGACCUCGAAAGGUUUCUUUCAAGUCGUGGGAAUGCGUUUGAAAAUUCAGAGGCGUGUAUGAGGAAAUCAAUAAUUUUCCCUAGCAGUAAUGUUGCUUCAAAAAAAUCUUUUAGCACAAAAAAAAGUUUGGCAGUAACAGAAGGUAGUGUUAGAUGUCCGCAAUGCUCAGGUAGCCAUCAAUUGUUUAGGUGUGACAAGUUCAAGGCUGCAACAGUGAGCAACAGAUUAACAUUGGUUAGAGAAGCGCGCCUGUGUUUUAACUGCUUAGCACCCAUGCAUAAUGCGGAAGCUUGUAAAUCAACAUACAAGUGCUAUGUAUGUAACCAGAAGCAUCAUACGUUAUUACAUUUUGAAAGAAAUGCUUAUAAUAAAAAUGCUAGUCUGCUAAGUGGCACGGUGGAUCGUGAGGAAUUAUUACCAGCAGAGGAUACUUCAGCGGCUUCAGGUGCUGCAUUAUUGGCUAGCUCUAUUUGUCAUCACGUAUUUCUUGCUACAGCACUUGUUCAAGUCACUGAUCGUUAUGGAGGCAAGCGAGAAUGUCGAGCAGUAUUGGACAACGGUUCACAGGUAAAUUUUAUUUCAAGAAAAUUCUUCAAAAAAUUGCAACUCUCUAGUAGAAAGGCAGAAAUGCCUGUUCAUGGUAUUGGAGGUGGUCGAAUUCAAUCGUCAUCUGUGUUGGACAUCCAUGUGUCAUCAAGUGUCAAGAAUUUUAGCUUGAGUAUUCCUUGCUAUGUAUUUCCCGCCAUAGUGAAUGAUUUAGCGGCGUGCCCCGUAGCGACAGAUAGAAUGGAGCUUUCUAAAGAAUUGCUCGAUGAUCUAGCUGAUCCAGGUUUUGCUAAAGCCG